AUGACUUCAGACUUCCUCGGUGGCCAUCACUGCGCUCAGAUCAAACCGAAGUCUGGCGAGGAUCGUCUGGCCCUCGAGAAAGAGUAUUACUGGCCAAAUGGAUCCCAGAUUGUUGUCAACAUGUGGGGGCAGAGCGACUUCGUUCGCAGCAAGGUCAAGCAGUUUGCCGAAGAAUGGACACGCUAUGCCAAUCUCAGCUUCAAAUGGAUGGAGCGUGACGCCCCAGGGGAUUCCGAUAUUCGCAUCUCCUUUGACCGAGAUGGCUACUGGUCGUACAUUGGCACCAACUGCCGAAGCAUCAGCCAGGACCAACCAACCAUGAACUACGGUGGUAUGACUGACGACAUGAGCGACUUGGAGUUUAGUACAGCUGUCUGUCAUGAAUUCGGUCACGCACUUGGUUUCAUUCAUGAACAGUCGUCUCCAGUUGCUAACAUCCAAUGGAACAAGCCGGUAGUUUAUGAAUACUAUGAGAGGGUCUACGGUUGGAACCAGAGUUCAGUUGACUUCAACUUGUUUGCAACUUUCAAGCAGGAGGACGUCAUUAACUCGAGAUACGAUCGAACAUCUAUCAUGCAAUACUCCUACGAUGCUAGCAUGACCCUCGAUGGCUCCUCUGCACCAUGGAACAGAGUCAUCUCCAACCUCGACAAGGUCUUCGCCAUGCGACUGUACCCCAAGGAGGGUAUCCAGCGAACCACUACAGAUGGUGUAUACUUCAUCAACCGCGAGCGCAAUGGAUUUGAAGCUUCUGGAAUUGCGUACUACUCGCAUUUCGGUAACAAUGACGGUCAGCAGCCUGACACCUACGUCGAAGUUUCCAACGGAUCUUUUACUUGGUGGGAAAAUGGCGGUGAAGCCACCUUUGGUGGAAGCGGACAUGUCAUCAAGUGGAACUUGGCCGAGGACGCGGGACGAUCACCACUCUACACAAGAGUUGGAUUUGCGGACAAGGAGGAUGAGAAGUGGAAUGUCUACCGUGAUGACAACCGUGUGUUGUUUGAACAUGACGGGUGGCAAUUUCGCGCUGUGUUCUGGGCCUUUUAA